AUGAAGCAGGCGUCAGUGCAAUUCCUCAAGGGGAUCCCGCUCUACGAGGAAGAAAAGCCAUUCCAAAUAUUCGGCGAUCUCCUCCCAGACGCAACAGAUCAACGCAAAACCAACUUGGUCUGGGAGGAAAAGCAGAUUCCCAUACGUAACAUUCGGGACGAUGCUCAAGGAUUUCAGCUUGACUCCCACGGGUUCACCACUCGCCGUUUGCCAGGGUUCACAGAUUUGCUAGACAGAGAAACAAUCACAGGAAAAUACAUACCAGCUAUCAAAGACAUGCUGAAGACGGAACUUCAAGAUGUCGGAACAGUAUUUGUCUUCGAUUGGAGAAUCCGAGAAAGCCGCAAUCAGAUGGAGGCGGGGAGCAAGAUCAACUUCGGCGAUCAGACUCAGCCUCUACUCCCUAGCAAUUAUGCGCACGUCGACACGAGUCCAAUUUCCGUGAUCCAGAGGAUCCGAGAAAGCUUUCCAAACGAUUCGGGAAGCAUUUUGCGGCAGCGUGUUAGGGCUGUAAAUGUAUGGAAGCCGCUAGCAAAUCCUGUCGACGAAUGGGCAUUGGCAGUAUGUGAUGGAACUAGCGUGAACCCCGAUGAUUUGGCGGAGACGGACUCGAUUCGCCAAGGAAACAUCACCACACAUUACUACGUCCGAUACGAUGCAGGACAGAGGUGGUAUUUCUUGGAUCGGCAGACCCCGGACGAGGCUUUGAUAUUCAAGCACUUUGACUCGAAGCCUGAUGCACUCCACUCCAGCAUCAAACAGCUGUGGACAGAGCAGGAUCCCAAGCCUAGACGGAGCAUUGAGGUCCGCACACUGAUUUUCUCAGACGUUGUCGAUGUCCCCUGA